UAGAGGGCUGUCAGUGCAGAUCCCUCCCCGGUUGCAGCGUGCAGCCAGCCCCUUCAGGAUGAUGCUGUUUGGGAGCAGUAGGAGGCUCUGGUGCGCACUGUCCUUCCUGGGAGCUGCGGCUGGCUGCAGAGUGGGCUCUGCCUAUUUGGGGACUAGCACUUUAAAUUUCCAACAACAAGAGUCUGACUUUCGAAAAUCUAAACUGGUCGCUCAGCGCAACAUGAAGAUCGAGCUGCUUCCUGCCUUGACGGACAACUACAUGUACCUCCUGAUUGACGAGGAGACUAAGGAAGCCGCCAUUGUGGAUCCUGUACAGCCGCAGAAGGUACUUUAUUCUACUGGGCUGGCCACCUUCCUAACAAGGUAUACUUUUAGGGUUCAUACUCCCUCCCCACCUUCCACUGUAGGAGUCCACCCUGGAAGGAUAUUUUUUUUCUCCAGGGACCAUGCAGGAGGCAAUGAGAAACUUGUGAAAAUGGUAUCAGGGCUGACUGUGUAUGGUGGAGACAGGAGGGUUGGAGCUUUAACUCAGAGAGUUUCCCAUCUAACCACAUUUCAGGUUGGGUCCCUUCAUGUGAAGUGUCUCUACACGCCAUGUCACACCUCAGGACAUAUCUGCUACUAUGUGACAAAGCCCAACAGCUCUGAACCACCAGCAGUGUUCACAGGUGACACCCUCUUUGUGGCCGGCUGUGGCAAGUUUUUUGAGGGGACGGCGGAAGAAAUGUACAAAGCUUUGAUAGAGAUACUGGGCAGUCUUCCACCAGAGACCAGAGUGUACUGUGGACAUGAAUAUACGAUCAACAAUUUGAAGUUUGCACGUCACGUAGAACCCAACAAUGAACAGAUCAAACAAAAGUUAUCUUGGGCUAAGGAAACGUACAAUGAUGGGGAGCCCACCAUACCGUCCACACUGGCAGAAGAAUUCACAUUUAAUCCGUUUAUGAGGGUCAGGGAGAAGUCCGUGCAGGACCACGCAGGGGAGAGUGACCCCAUCUCUACGAUGGCAUCGAUCCGCAAAGAGAAAGAUAAUUUCAAGGUGCCCAAAGACUGAAUCCAGCUUCUUCUCAGUGCAAAUGUUACCUCUGGGUCACUCUCUGAUUGUCUCGCAGCAGAGGGCACUUUAAUCUCUAAAUCUGUAACUUUGUCCUGUCUAGCAAAUUCACAUUUCAUUUUAUUUUUG